AGAGUGCGCAUGCGCGUCUCAACAACCUGUAGUCCCAAUGAGGGUCACUGUGGUCGGGGUUGAGUCCGGUUCUGACUGAUCCGGAUGUUCCGACUGCUCCAGCGGAGGCUCCGGCGGCUCAGCGGGCCGUCGGCCGGCCUCUCUGCCCGCUCAGCUCGCUCCCUCAGCGGCUGUCCUCCGGAGCUGCCCGCUGCCUGCGUCCGCAGCACCUUCCUGGACUUCUUCCGGGACAAACACGGACACCGGCUGGUCCCGUCCUCCCCGGUCCGGCCCAGAGGAGACCCCAGCCUGUUGUUCGUCAACGCCGGCAUGAACCAGUUCAAGCCCAUCUUCCUGGGGACCGUGGACCCCCGCAGUGAGAUGGCCUCAUACCGCCGCGUGGUCAACAGUCAGAAAUGUGUGCGAGCUGGUGGCAAACACAACGACCUGGAGGACGUGGGCCGAGACGUGUACCACCACACCUUCUUCGAGAUGCUGGGGAACUGGUCGUUUGGAGAUUACUUCAAGGAGGAGGCCUGCUGCAUGGCGUGGAGCCUCCUCACAGAGCAUUAUGGGAUACCCACAGACAGACUGUAUGUGUCCUAUUUUGCCGGAGACGCUGCGUCCGGUCUGCCGGCGGAUGAAGAAACCCGACAGAUCUGGUUGGACAUCGGGGUUCCUUCUGGUCGCCUCUUGCCGUUCGGCCUGAAGGAGAACUUCUGGGAGAUGGGGGACUCGGGCCCCUGUGGCCCCUGCACCGAGAUCCACUAUGACCAUGUGGGAGGACGAGAUGCUGCAGCGCUCGUCAACGCUGACAGUCCUGACGUGGUGGAGAUCUGGAACCUGGUCUUUAUGCAGUACAACAGGGAGGUGGACCGCAGUCUGCGGCUGCUGCCCCAGUUCAGUGUGGAUACUGGGAUGGGACUGGAGAGACUGGUGAGCGUUCUGCAGGGCAAAAGAUCAAACUACGACACCGACCUGUUCACGCCGCUGCUGGACGCCAUCCACCAGAGGUCGAGGGUGGCGGCAUACGGUGGCAGGAUGGGGGCGGCGGGGAAGGAGAAGGUGGACACGGCGUACCGAGUGGUGGCGGACCACGUCCGUACUUUAUCAGUGUGCAUCGCAGACGGAGUUCAUCCGGGAAUGUCAGGAGCAGAGUUGGUGCUGAGGAGGAUUCUGCGGCGGGCGGUUCGGUUCUGUGUCGAGGUUCUUCAGGCUCCUCAGGGAACUCUGGCCAGCCUGGUUCCUGCCGUCGCCCACACACUGGGUGAUGUGUAUCCGGAGCUCCACAGGGAGGCAGACAGGAUCAUGGACGUCAUCAACGAGAACGAGGCUCACUUCCUGUCGUCUCUGCAGCAGGGCAGCAGGCUGAUCCACCGCACGCUCAACAGAAAGGACUACAAACAUGGAGUCUUCCCUGCCUCGGUGGCCUGGUCUCUGCACAGGGACCUGGGUUUUCCUCUGGACCUGGUGGACCUGAUGCUGGAGGAGAGAGGAGUCCAGGUGGACCGCCAGGAGUUAGACCGACUGAUCGCAGAGAACCACAAGGUGAUGUCUGAUCUUCAGUCAGGUGUUCAGUCUCAGGUGAUGUUGGACGUCCUCAGCCUGGCAGAGCUGCAGCAUCUCGGUGUUCCUCACACGGACGACAGCCUCAAAUACCAGUACAGCCUGGAGCAGGGCCGAUACGUGUUCCCAGCAUGCUGUGCGACAGUCCUGGCUCUGUACGACGGUCACACUCUGGUGUCAGAGGUCACUGAGGGUCAGCGCUGUGGCGUCAUUCUGGAUCAAACCUGCUUCUACUCUGAGCAGGGUGGGCAGUCACAUGACCAGGGCUACUUCACCCGGGACGGACUGCAGGACAUCCUGUACCCUGUGGAGGCCGUGCUUCUGGCGGGGGGGUACGUGGUCCAUCAGGUGACUGCAGCUGACAGCCUGAAGACUGGAGACCAGGUCCAGCUACACCUGGACCAGGUGCACAGAUUGUCCUGUAUGGUCAAACAUACAGCCACUCACAUCCUCAACUUUGCACUGAGGGAAGUUCUGGGUCCUUCAGUCCAGCAGAGAGGAUCUCAUGUGUCAGCUGAUCGCCUCCGCUUCGACUUCAGCGUCAAGGGUUCGCUGAGUGUCUCUCAGCUGCAGCAGGUGGAGGCGUGUGUCAGUGACAUCAUCUCAGCCAAUCAGAUCGUCCACAGCCAGGAGCUUCCUCUGCAGACAGCCAGGUGCAUCGACGGGCUGAGGACAGUGGACGAGGUGUAUCCAGACCCUGUUCGGGUGGUGUCGGUGGCGAUGCCGAUCUCUGACCUGUUGGACGAUCAAACAGACAGAGGGACCUCUGUGGAACUCUGCUGUGGAACUCACCUGCUGCAGACCGGCGCCAUCGAGGAUCUGGUGAUUAUCUCUGAGAGACAGAUGGUGAAAGGAAUCAGUCGGAUUGUCGCGGUGACGGGACAGGAAGCAGCGCGGGCUCGAGAGACGGGUCAGGUGUUGUCUCAGGAUGUGGACUCGCUUUCAUCCAGACUCACAGGCUCCGCCCCCAUCAGCCUUGAGUCCGCCCAGUGUUUUGCCAAGGAGGUCGGAGUAAUCUCUGAUGCUGUAGAUAACACCCCCAUCCCCCAGUGGCAGCGUAGAGAACUGCAGAGUCGCCUCAGAGCCCUGCAGAGGACCAGCAACACCGCCGUCAGGAAACUGGAGACCAGAGAUGCUGCGGCAAGAGUUCAGGCUCUGCUGGAGAAGAACGCCGUGAAAGAUCUGCAGGUGGACUCUGUGGAGACGGACUCUCUGUCGAUCCUGAUGAAGACGGUGAACCAACUAAGCACUGCGGCUCCUCACAGUCACGUGAUGCUGCUCGCUCACCAGCGGCAUUCUGGGAAGGUUCUGUGUGCCUGUCAGGUUCCCAAGGACUCGCUGUCCCUCUCGGCCUCUGAUUGGGCGGUGGCGGUGUGCCGUCACCUUGGGGGGAGCGCUGGGGGCUCUGCGCUGGUUGCCAGGGGAACGGGGAGUAGCAGUGACAUCACCGAGGCUCUGAGGUGGGCGGAGGAGUUCGCUCGCCAGAAAAUACAGCGAUGAGAUCAUUCUGAUGUCGCCUCCUGGUGGUGCCCGCUGCACUGAAGAGGUGCUUCCUGUUUGGACAGGAAGUGUGGGGGCGGGGCUUCCUUGCUGCUCCAAUCAGAGAAGCUUUAAUAAGCAGCUGUUAGCAUGCUAAUGGUUAGCUUUAUAGUUUAUAAUAUUUACGUCACUCUGAGUUGAGUACAGGUGGCUGUAAGCCCCGCCCACAGCUGCACUCAGGCUCUUCUGAUUGGACGAGUCAGGUGUGAAGGUUCCUGAUAUUUCUUGAAUGUGAACAUUUCUCUGCUUUCUAAUAAAAGAAAACUGAUGACA